GAAAAACCUCUGGAAUCUCAUGCAUAUAUCCAUAUCUCACCAGAUCAGAGUGAGCAGCUUGGAGCACUGCUUCUUGGUGCCACACUCGUGCCACUCCGAUUCACCGUUGUGCCUCGGGUCGUAAAUCCAGUCGACCGUGCCUCCACGAGUGGCGCCUCCGACGCGCCUCGGUGCACGAGCAACGCUUCGUGCGCGCCUCGGUGGACCGCCAUGGCCGGCGCCAAAACUACUUGACCGCCAAGGAGGCAGGAUGAAUCCAUUGAGCUUCGAGCUUCAGGUCGUCUUGCCCAGUGGUCAUGGCACCACCCUCAAGGUGCUACCGGACUGGCGGAUACGAGAUGUGAAGAUGGAUGCUCAGCACCAGCUGGGGAAGCGCUUUUUGAGAUUGAUGGGGCCCGAUGGGCAGCCACUCAAGUUGGCUCCUGAGAGCACCGUGGCCUCCAACGGGCUGCGCGGGGGCGAGGUGUUGACGGCCGUGGCGCAGCCGGUGCUCGUGGCGGCCGCGCAGUGCGCCUUCUGCGCCUUCGUGGCCGGCGGUCCGGCCGUGACGUGGGGCGACGCGUGGGCCUGGUCCGGCGACCGCUUGGGCGGCGACAGCAGCGCCGUCCGGGAGCGGCUGGCGCAGGGCGUUCGUGGCGUUCAGUCCACGUCCUUGGCCUUCGCCGCCCUGCUGGAGGAUCGCUCAGUUGUCACGUGGGGCGACGUCAAUUGUGGUGGUGACUCGCGACAUGUGGAAGCACAGCUUUGUGAUGUGGAAGCCAUCCAGUCCAACAACACGGCCUUUGCGGCUUUGAAGACGGACGGCACCGUCGUCGCCUGGGGCCAGGCCACCAGCGGUGGAACCUUGAGCCCAGAGUUGCUGGGCGCAGAGGUCUCUGUGAUCCAGUCGACAGCCACCGCCUUCGCCGCGCUGCGGCGCGCCGACGGUGCGAUCCUCGCCUGGGGCGAGGAGGUCUACGGCGGCGACGGCCGUUUCGUGGCACACCUCCGUGGGGUUCAAAAGCUCGCUGCCACCUGGGGCGCCUUUGCGGCGCUCGACGCCUGCGGCCGCGUCGCGGCCUGGGGCGCGCCCAACUACGGCGGCCGCGUGGCGGACGCGGCGGGCGAAGGUGCGGCGAAGGUCGCCCUCGCCGCCACCAACGCCGCCUUCGCGGCGCUCGACGCCACCGGCGGCGUCGUCGCCUGGGGCGACGCGGCCUCAGGCGGCGAGGUGCCUGCGGCGGUCCAGGAGCAGCUGCAAGACGUUCAGCACAUUCAAGCCAACAGUGCCGCCUUCGUGGCCAUUCGCAAGGACGGAUCCCUGGUCGCCUGGGGCGACCCCGCCCGCGGCGGCCAGCUGCCCGAGACGGCGAGAGGCGCCGCUUGCGUGGCGGUGGCGGCCGGGAAGAACGCCUUCGCCGCGCUGCUGGCCGACGGGGGAAGGUCCCCCCGCGUCGUGUGUUGGGGCCAAACAGCGCUGCCCGGCGCGGUACCCAUGCCCGACACGCUGAAGGAGGUCAAGGAGAUCGCUGCCAAUGUCAUGAUCCAUCAUGAUCCACUCAAGUUCAGCGCUGGGUGGCCCCAGCUCGGAGACCUCGAGGGAACUGAGGGACCUGUGGUUGUCUAUAGAGACAGUAGUGGUCUAUAGAAAGGCUUCUACCUCAGUACAUGCAUGGUUGUGGUCAUAAAGGUGUGAGCCUCCUGACUGUUUGGAAGACUUUCAUUCUAAAGCGCAUCAUGAAUAAGACAAAUGUUGCUACAGGUCCCCUUGACGCAGACUCCACAUGUAGCGACUACGAAGACCUCAGUUUGGUUGACGUUCCGGAGCUUAACGCGGACUGUUCAAAAACCAUAUACCUUCUCAGGUACAGUGAUUGGAGACUAUGUAGGAGCCAGGAGGAUCCAGUCAUGAGAAGGUGGCAGUGGAUUGAUAGAAAAUAGGUUGAUCCUGACCUUCAGACCUCAUCUCCACUGGACCACCUGGAAUCCCGCCAGCGUUCGAGCCAGCCGCCAGGAUGCGGCCUUCGCGGCGUUGCUGCAGAACGAAACCGUGGUCUGCUGGGGCUCCAUGACGCACGGAGGCAACUGCCGAGCGGUCCAGGAGCAACUCGUGGGCGUGCUGGCGAUCCAGGCCACGUCCUCGGCCUUCGUAGCGAUCCUCCGCGAUGGGCCGCCCAUCGCCUGGGGCAACGAGCGCUCGGGCGGCGACAACGCGGCGCUGUGGAGCGAGCUCCUGGAGCUCUAAAAAGGUCGGGACCAGCCACGCUCGGUCGGCCGCGGUGUUUGGGCGGAAAAGGAGUGGACAGAUGCAGCCUGCAUCGGAGUGAUGAUAAGUUUUUUUGAGUCGAGAGGAUGGAUGGCACCCAAAUGGAUGGAUGGCGCCUUCAUGGAAGUAUGUGCAAGAAGCUGCAGCUGUGCUGCUGGAGUUCUUUGCCACCUGGUCCCAUGGAAGAGGAGGAAUCGCCCGCAGCCCUCGUGCCAAUGGCACCCGGGGCGCGCAGCCGCCGAUGCGCCGACGGGCCCUCCGUGCCGAUGGCCUGCGGGUGUGGGGCCGGCGCUGGGCAGCCGGUGUUCUUUUGCAAGUUCUGAAGUGAACUGUGCCACAUGUUCCGGAAUCCGCGCCGAAAUUCGAAGAGCAUUUCAGAUGAAGACUGGAAGAACUGUUUUUUGGUUGGGCGUCGAAGAUUGGGUCGAAACACCAACAAAAAGAAGGCCAAAAACGCCCUUCAUCUAUCGACCAAAAGACCAGUCCUGAAGUUUCAGGCUGGAUCGAGGCGAAACCCGUCGCCCAAAAGAACCAGAGCACAGUCUCUGUGUCCCUGAGAGUCCCCCGACUAGUGGCUUUUUGCUUAAAGAUGGCACUGCUCAACUUCAGCAAGUCACCAGCGACGUGGA